AGGCCUAGUUUACAGUCAUCUCAGGUCGGUGGUUCUGGUCAAUCAAAAUUGUAAAUAGCAAUAGCAAUAGCUACUUCAUUUAUCAUUGUAGCCGCCGAUCCUGCUUUGCUUGUACAGGAAGUACUCCUUUUGACGUCGAGUGAAUUAUUGUGCUAUUCUUUUCGAUUCAAUGGCGGACGAGGAACUUGUUGAUCCAAAGAAGUAUCUUGAGGAAUCUUGCAAACCUAAAUGUGUGAAGCCCCUACUUGAGUAUGAGGCAUGUGUUAAGAGGAUUAGAGGUGAUGAAAGUGGGCACAAGCACUGCACAGGACAAUACUUCGACUAUUGGUCUUGUGUUGAUAAAUGUGUUGCACCGAAGUUAUUUUCAAAACUGAAGUGAUCAGGAAACCGUUUGGGACGGCUCUUUCAUAAUGUUUCUACCCUUUUGCAUCGUCAGAUGAAUUUUGUCAAAUGUUUAGUUUGGUUGCUUGAAGCAGCCCCUUCUUAUUGAUUGUGAAACUUAUUUUACUUAGGAAUAAAGGAACAUAUCUUGAAUUGGUGACGAAUUGAUACUGUUGCUAUUUAUGAUUUAAAGAAAAAAAAAAAAAAUAGACAACAUCAAGAAAUGGAUGGCAUAUGAUUGUUGUUAAUGAUGUUCCUUUUAUUCUCUCC